AUGCUUGGCGAAGCCCACCAUUUUUUCGAGAUUUUGAAGUGGGCAGAAAAUACCACAGCGGCACUUCCGGCCGAUAUUAGCAAGGGGCUUUCUCAUCCUGUCGGGAAUCCUCUAUCUGUUUCGGUGGCUAUCCCAUUGGGUGCUCGGGGCCCCAUCGAGGCUAAAGAGCAUACGAUUCGAUUGACUCUUGCGUUUCGUAAUGCUGUGAUUUCUCAUUGUUCCGAGAAUGGUUUGGAUGUGGCUAGGGCUUUUCCGCCGAAGGUUUGGCAGCGAUACUUUAACGUCACGCGUUCGAAAUUUCGCCUGCAAUUAGAGCAGUUUGCUCGGCCUCUCGCGUUUCCUAUAACUUUGUGUCGUCUUAGUCCCGAGGAGGCUGGGUAUAACGCCUGGCAUACCGCGAUUAAAGAAUAA